UAGCGCAGAAAUGAAAUCCCGUAAUCCAGGCCCGUGGGGCAGAACAGUGAAACCGUGAACCGUCGUGUUUCACGUUCCUGUAUGAACCAGCGGUUCCGGCUACGGGUUUGCCAGUCAACGAGGAACCUUCGAGACGAUCGAGCAUUCUGACGCGAUCGAAACACACACCAUGAGUGCAGCCGACGUUGAGUCGAUCUUGUGCGUGAUUCUCGGGGUUUCGGGGAUCCUCAUGUCGCAUCCGACAAACAGCAGUCCGUAUCGUGAUAAUUACACUGUGACACGUCCAUAUGAUUACUCGGAGGACAAGAUAUUCAAGAAGGAAAAAGCACUGGAUGAGGAAAGUGGUUUGCAGAAUUCUCAAAACGAUCAAAAAGUGCAAUCGUGUUUAAAUUCCAAAGAUGGAGAAGAAGAAAGGCUCGUAUUCACUGAAGCAAGUAAUCGUCUUCACACCCAGAACACACCCAGAGAAUACUGGGAUGAUGAUGAUUACAGAGGUUUUUCUCUAUUUGGCCUCGUUGAAUCCAUGCUGUCCGUCGUAGCGACCGGACUCAGCACAGUCAUGAGCAGUAUCGUUGGUACCGAGAAGAAGGAUUCACGAUCACGCACCAGAAGAAUAAAUUAUAGAAAUUAUCAUUUAAUUAGGGCAUUUCCUAACACGGAAAAUCAAGUUACGGAUCUGCGCGAAUUGAGAGAAGCUGAGCCUGAAGACAUUAAAUUUUGGUUCUUUCCAAAUCCCAACAGAACUUCCGACAUGAUCGUGGCGCCAGAUCUCGUAAAUGAUGUUAAAGAUUAUUUGAGGGAUAAAAAAAUUGACUUCAAAGUAUUAAUAUCGGAUAUUCAGAAGACGAUCUCUUAUCAAAAUCCGAAGAUGUCCAAAGAACAGCGCGAAGAUCUGGUCACCACUCAAGGCCAUUCAAUGACAUGGAAACGUUAUCACCGAUACGGAGAUAUAAUACGUUACUUAGAAUAUCUAGCCUUUAGAUAUCCCAAAAUGGUAGAAUUAAUAACUCUUGGACACAGCUACGAGGGCCAACCGAUUAAAAUGGCAAAGGUUUCGACAGGAUUAAACAAAGAAGGCGAAAGAAAACCUGCUAUUUGGAUUGAUGCCGGCAUGCACGGACGAGAAUGGAUCGGUACCGCAGUGGCGACCUACAUACUGAAUCAGUUGGUAGAGAAGAACUCGAGCUACUCAAAAUUGUUGGAUAAUUCAGACUGGAUGAUUCUGCCCGUUGUUAAUCCCGACGGUUAUGAGUACAGCCAUGUCGGCGAUCGCUUUUGGCGGAAAACCAGAAGCAAUCACGUGGAAAGUCAAAACGAUAGUAGGUACACACCUUCCAAUUUAUUGCAGUUCGUGACGCACUAUGCGAGAUGGUUCUGGACUACAUGCGAAGGAGUCGAUCCGAAUCGAAAUUUUGCAUACCACUGGGGCGAAGAAAAAGAUGGUGGUGCGAGCUUGGAUCCUUGUCACGAAACGUAUUCCGGGCCUUUCGCCUUUUCUGAACCCGAAACGAAGGCCAUGGCAGAUUAUAUUAUGGCGAACAAGCAACAUAUUCGAAUGUAUUUGACUUUGCAUUCUUAUUCUCAAAUGUGGCUGGUACCGUGGGGUCAUACACGUUCGAAGCCGACGGAUUACUCCGAUUUGGUGAACGUAGCGAGAAAGGCGAUUAACGCGAUCGCGAAAGUUCACGGCACUAACUAUCAACUUGGACCAGCAGCAGAACUAAUGUAUCCGACUUCCGGAGCGUCUGAUGACUGGGCGAAAGGCGUCGCCUCGAUAAAGUAUGCAUACACGGUGGAAUUGCGCGACCGUGGAACAUACGGAUUCCUAUUACCAGCUACUCAGAUAGUUCCGACUGCUCGCGAAAUUUGGGCAGGAAUCCGGGCGAUCGCACGCUUAGUUACCUGCAACACGUGAGAUUCACGUUUUACGCUCCUGAUGCGCAUUUAGCAUUUGAACGUUCUCCUGUCUUAUCCAGAUAAUGGAAACUGGAUCAAUGCCCUUUAUGAAUCACGCAAGUUGUGAAAUCUUAUUGAUAUUUCUACGCAAUAGAUAUGGACAGGGUACAUUGGGCAUUUGUAUCGAGAAAAACCAGAGAAAACCGGCAUUCAUAUGGUAUUGUUAUCAAAAUAAGUUUAACGAGCUACAAAAGAUGACGAUGAGAGAUAGAUUUAUAUUUGAUUGAAAACUCAGUCUGAUAUAUCAAUUUUUAAGUUACAAACAAAUACAUGAGAUGCUGUAAUAGGCUUUGAGUUUCCUAGGCGAAGUCACAUUUGUAAAUUGAUUUCUACAAAAAUUGAUUAUAUAGUUCAAUUAAAUUAAAAAAAAAAUUUAAGAAAUUUUGAUUAAAUUGUAAGAUUUGUAGCUGUCUUGAAUGUGUUUAUUUUUGUACAUUUUUCUUUAAUUGUAAAUUAAGCGAAUUAUAUUUCCGUGUAUACAGAAUUAUAUUAAAAUUUAUUAAACAAC